AUGCGUUUCCAGGCUCCCCAGCUCGGCGCCUUGGGCGUAACUUUCACGGCUUUUCGGGCUAUGCAGUUCGUCUCACUCGUCGCCAUCAUUGGUAUCACUGCCAAUUUCAUCAAUGAGAUCGUGAGCUCUCAGCGCGAUGCACCAGAUGUGCUUGUCGGCACUAUCGCAGUGGCAAGCAUCGCGACGCUUUACGUCUCAAUUUCCUACAUCUUAUACUACGAUGGUCUUCUCCCUCUCUUAAUCGCAGCCGUAAUCGACCUAGCUCUCCUCGUCGCUUCCAUCGUAGUUGCCGUCACCAUCGGCAAGCCUCUCUCUACACUCAAGUGCGAAGUACUUCCACAACCCGCUUCGACUACGCAGACAUUCACUAUGUCUAUCUCAACACGGGACUAUUCUACAGCGGCUACUCGGUACCACGAUUAUUUAGCUUUAAUUAUGACUGACCAGCCGCAUUGUUACGAGAUCAAGGCAGUCUGGGGUCUAGGCAUCGCGCUCUGCGUGCUCUUCGCCUUUUCCGCCGUCCUCUGCGUCGGACUACAGCGCCGCAUCAAAGCUACUAGUGCCCCUCCCAAGGACAUUGAGGGGCCGACCGCACUCGGGACUCGAGCCCUUACCCCUGGACCGGGCCUCCAAUGGGUCCCUCCUCCACCUCUCCCCACGGCGCCCGAACCCGCGCGUCGCCCCCCUAUUCUCCGAUCCAUCGACGAAGAUAUUCGUCCGGUGCAGACCCCUCCUGUUAUCGUACACGCCAAUUCCGGCCCGACUACCAUUACAGGUCAACCUGUAUCUAGCAAUUAUCUCCCUGUUCCUCCUGCUCCGGCUGUCGUGCCUCCGGUUGCGACUCGGUCUUUUGAUGCGUCUGGUUCGCCGAAGGAAGAUUUCAUACCAAUCGCGCAUCAAGCAACUAUCGAUCACGUAAACGCGAGGACAAAAACCGUUCCCCCACCUGUAGCGGUCGUCAUCCCGCCUACACCUAGCGACGAUGGAUUUACUCCCGUGACACCAACCCCGGCAUCGCCACGCCUAAAAGGCUUUCGACUCAGCAGAGCGCCUCCCCUACCCCGCGAUGCGCUCGGCAUCCCAAUCGGCACAGGGAAGAAACUCAUGCGUUCUAAGAGCCGAAAAGUACAAAUCUGCCACGUAGACGAUGAUCUCGAUGAUGAUACGACACCUUUAAGUCCGACUAAUGCUCGGGAUCUAGAGGCGCAAAUGACGUCUAAACCAAAGCCGAAGCGCAAGACGCUUUGGGGUGUUAUUGAAGGAUGGUGGGAUUUGGGAUUGUUGGAACGAAGUAAGAGUUUGAGGCGUAAGGUUUAA